GAGCAGGCGGUGCAAAGGCUUCGCUGCGCCGGAGCAGGACGGGACUAACGGGGGGAGGACGGACACGGGCUGCGUCGCCAGGCAGCACGGAGGAACACAGACGCGGAGGUAAGACGCUUCUACAAUUUCCAACAAGUUAAGCAACUUGUUUUCGAGUUAGCGCCGUUUGGUCCACCUGCUUCGGGCCGAUGUGACGAAGCGGGAGAACGCCUGUUCGUGUCAGCGCUUUUAGAAAGUCGCCCUUUCACAUCCACCGAAAAGGCUUGUUCCACGGCUGUAAAAGUCACGGAGGUAGGGAUUAUUAACGGUUAAACACUUGGUUCGUCCAUGGCAUUCAACGUAUUGUGGUGAAGUUAAAAUUAAAACAAAGUUCAAUCGAAAUUACCUAAUUUUAAUCGCAGGAAGGUGAGUUUCUUAAUUCGGAUAAAUAUUAUACAAUAUACACAAGUAUAUGAGUAUUUAUAAUAAAUACAUCUAUUUUCUACUGACGUUGUGUGAAUCUGUAGAUUUUGCACUGGUAUUUCAUUUUCAUGAAAUGUAUGUCAGCUGUUUUACAGUUAUUAUUUAGGAUUGUACGAUGAGUCACUGCGGUAUGAGCUCACCUUUCUCCCGCCUCUCUGUCCAAUUAGCGGGUUUUGUCUCCACUCCUAAAAAGGAUGUUGGUUGUUUUUUUUUUAUUAAAUGUAUCAUCCGUAUGUUAAAAAAGCUUCAGUCGUCUUCACUUUGCAGUGAAACAGUGGUAAUGGUCAGCUUCUUUGACUGAUCACUGUUUCACAUUCAAAUGAGACAGUGAGAACAUCCGCAGGCAUUCAGGCAUUCAUAUUGGCUGGAUCCAAUUUAACAAAUAUAGUUCUUUCACUACUAUCAACUCUUGUCACCAAGUAAAAAACAGCAGACUGAGUUUAAUACACAUAUAUUUGUCUGUGCUAAAAUUGUAGCGGCUGUUACCAGAUGGAGCGGUUUGUUUUCGCUGAUUUCAGUCGACUGUCAGUCACCUUUCUGACGCUGAUCACACACUUAUCACACCCUCAUGAGCCGACUGUCAGCAGCCCCCCUCCUUGGUCUGUCUGGGGAAGGUGUUAAAAAUGUUAAUGAGGCCACCCCCUAUUUUAGCACCAAAGACGCAAUUCUAAGGUAAAACCAAAAGGUGGAGCUUUAGUAUCUGACCUGUAGAGUUAGAGUCAAACAGCAAGUAUAGGCAGAGUUCUGAGAACAGGCCAUAGAUCUGAUAAUGUCAGUUCUACACUGUUUGCUAGGGCAGGCAGGCAGGCAGGCAGACAGACAGACAGACAGACAGACAGACAGACAGACAGACAGACAGACAGACAGACAGACAGACAGACAAUAGUCUGUCUAAACAGUCAACUAAAAAGUUAAGAAAACUUGAAGUUGACUUCAUGUCAGAGUUGAAUGUUGUACUUACUUUUUUUUUAAUCAUAGAUAAGCAUCGGCAGCUCACGCUGCCACAGCUGCCAAACUACCUUCUGGAGGUUUAUCAGUUACUGGCUGUAUUAGGUUGAGUUGGACUUCACAAAUGUACCUAAUGAAAUUAUUAAAUUCUCAUUCUAUAUAUUAUUCAUAUUCACUUGGAUGUAGUGUGUGUCAGUCUGCCUGCUUCAGGAGCUGUUUUAAAUAAAAUAAAAAACACUUGAAUCUUCUAAUCAAGCUUAGAUGAACAUAACAAUAGAGAGCCUCUUUUCAGACAGAAUGACCAAUCCACAGCACUAGUUAGACUGGUUUCACACCAUCGCCUUCCCCCCAAAGUAUCAGACUUCUUCAGUGCUGUUACCUGAUGUGGAAUGUUGACAGAGGGGAAAACAGCAGCACAGAUGAGGCAACACUUCGAAAACAUGGGUAUCAGCAUUUCAGAGAGCACUGUGAGAUAUCAUUUUCAGGAGAAACAACCACGUCGCUCCAACCCAAGAUAAUUAUACAGGUAAUUAGCCAGGAUAUAUUGUGUGCGUAUAAAUACUACAUACGUAUGGCUUAUCCUAAUGCUUGUCUAAUGCUUGUUUACCCUGUAAUGUCCUGGCAGUCAUAGAUGCAAUGACGAAGGCCAAUGAUGAGAUGAGCGCUCAAGUUUUGCAGCAAGAGAUUGAAGCACAGACUGGUGUUAGGUUGAGUUUAUCUACUAUUCGCUUUGCACGUAGGAAACUUGGAUGGAAAUUUGGAAAAACUUUCUUUAGCCCAAUGAUAAAAUAUCGCAACAAGAACGCCAGAUUAAUGCAAGCUCUCCAGUGGAUUGAGUCUGGGGAGACAUGGCAUGAUGUUCUCUUUACAGAUGAAACAGCUGUUGCACUGGAACACUUUGCCCAGCAUAGAUUUUACAGAAAAAAUCACUUUGUUCCUAAACCAAAUCCCAAACAUCUGUCUGGGGAAUGAUUUCACUUUGGGGAGCUGGUCCCUUGGUAAUUUUUGAGGGAAUUAUGGACAAGCAAUAUUUUGGGGAGUCUAUAAUGGCCAGCAAUUCUUGGGCUUUGCCAACUUCAUCAGGGCGGCCCUUGAAGAGUGGCGCAAUUGGCUGGGGGGAGCGGAGCAGCCGUUCCUUGUGUUCACAGAACAUAAGAACUUGGAGUACUGUAUCUCAAGUCCACCAAGAGGUUAAAUUCUCGUCAAGCAUGUUGGUCCCUAUUCUUCAGCAGGUUUAACUUUCAUUUCUCUUAUUGCCCUGGCUCCAACAAUACAAAACCAGACGCGCUAUCAAGCCUCCACGAGGUUGGGGAGGACGUUGAGACCCCUGACCCCAUCCUGCCCGCCUCGUGUCUAGUUGGAGCAGUUACGUGGGCCAUCGAAACGAGGGUUAAGGAAGCGGCCUGGGAUCAACCUUCCCAGCCAGCCUGUCCACCCAACCAGUUGCUCAUACCCCCUGUGGUCCAAGGAGAGGUAAUCCACUGGGCCCAUACAUCCUCUUUCAGUGGUCACCCAGGCAUCCCCUGGACAGCUUUUGUUAUUGGUCGAUUCCGGUGGCCUUCGAUCCUCAGGGAUGUCAAGGAGUACAUGGCCAUCUGCCCUGUCUGUUCAGCCCACAAGGUCCCCCACCAAUGACCACCAGGGUUCCUGCAACCUCUCCCUGUUCCCCAUAAACCAUGGUCACACAUCGCCCUGGUUUACCUCCUACCCAGGGCAACACUGUAGUCAUGACAGUUAUAUUCCCGGCUAACUCACCUUAUUCCUUUUUCCAAGAUUCCCUUCGCCAAGCAGACUACUCGGGCUAUGCUGGAACACGUCUUCCGCCUUCACGGUUUUCCCCAUGAUGUAGUGUUAGACCGGGGUCCCCAGUUUGUGUGGCGCCCAGGUCAGUCUUUCCUUAGGUUAUCACCCAAAGUCCAAUGAACAAACCGAAUUCACCAACCAGCAGUUGGAGACCGGGCUGUGUCUCCUCUGCUCUAUAAACCCCUCCUUGUGGAGUCAACAGCUCGUCUGGAUCGAAUAUGCCCACAACACCCUGCUCUGUGCCACAACCACGCUUUCUCCAUUCCAGUGUGCCUACGUUUAUCAACCUGCUUUGUUCCCCUCCCUUUACUUCUGUCUCAUUAUUCAUCCGCUGUCAGUGUACCCAUUAGUCCCAGUUCUUGUUUUGACCACGACCUUGCCUGCACCCUUUGUAACGUUGCCUUCUGCCUGCCUGUAUUUUGACCUAGCCUGUUUUAACUGCCUCCUGCCUGCUCCUUGCCUGUACUGUACCUCUGUAACCACCGAGUGUCUGACCACUGCCUGUUUGACCUGUCUUUGCCUGUCGAUUAGAACCUUGAAACUGAUUCAAGACUCUGAGCCGUGCAUGUGGGUCCGUAGCAUUGCACCGCCUGACAAUAGAUGUCUUAGAUAUAGUAAGCAUGAAACAUUGCAGGAUUUUUGGACUAUUUAUUUUGUAUUGUAUUGACUGUAUUAAUGAAAAUGCAUCAAAAACAACAAAUGCCAUUUAUGUAAAACUGUACUAUUAGUUUAUUUUAGUUUAUUUUUAGAUUGUGUGUGUGUGUGUGUGUGUGUGUGUGUGUGUGUGUGUGUGUGUGUGUGUGUGUGUGUGUGUGUGUGUGUGUGUUUGCGUUAGUAUAGGCUGGUCACACAUGGGGUUUUAAGUUUUUUUUCCAGAGGAUUUUGUUGGAAACGACUCGGACUGGACUUUGUGUCCUUCGUCUGAACCCUGUGCUCCUUUUACUGACAGCUGAGCACAACAGGCAGCUUCACACAGCAUGUUGGACAGACAGCUGAACUAUAUGUAGGUCCUUAAAACUAACCCCUAAAGUUCCUGUGAUUGAGGGAGACCUACAUCUUUUAAUGAGUGUGUUGCUCAGUCUGUGACAACACAAUAGUGCCUGAUGUAACACAACAGAUAAACAGGAUCAGAUUCAGUAAAAUGUUGUGGUUUGCUUUUAAACAAAUCCAUUUUACAUUUCCUGAUGUAGCUUGCAUGGCUUGAGCCUCCUUAAACACGUACACCAGUGGUAGCACCCCUGUAGGCAAUGAUAGAUUAGGCUAGAGGUUUAAUUAUGAAACCAGGUCAAACGUUCUACUGUGAACACUCACUUCCCACUUUGAACCCUUUUUUAUCAUGAUUUUUUUAAUUGGGCUCUUAAAUUUAGUGAUGUUUGGACUCCAAAGGAUGAACCUCGGGACUGCCUGUGUCUUUUACAAAGUUCAUUAAAUCCGACAAGGAAGUAAAGUAAACUGUGAUUAUAAUUACACAACCAAGACUCAGAAGCGAACAAUUAAUGAUGACACUAAGGGACAGGAGAACUGAAGUUAGUUUCUGCUGAUAAAAUGCAAUGUGGUAACUAUUUAUUCACUAAUUUAUUCAUUUAUUUUAUUAUUAUAUGAUAUUGUAAAAAGUAAUGAUUAGGUAUUGUAAAAAGUAGUGUUUGUGAAAAAAAGAAAAAAAGGGGGGGGUUUCUGUUAGUUUAAUUUAAAAUUUGUUUCAUUUAAGUUGAAAUGUAUUAAGAAUAGAUUCCAGGUUUCAUUAAAUUUUGAUGUAUUGUUUUUCUAUGUAGUUAAUUUUUUCUCUAUGGUUAUGUAUUCUGUGAGAAGAUUUAUCCAGUGACUGAUACAUAGCAGACUUUUAGAUUUUCAGGUUUGAAAAAUUAUUUUCUUGGUAAUUGUUAAUGAAAUGUGUACUGGGUUUUAUAUUUAAUUUGGAGAUGAUCAACUUCUGCAAUGUUUCAGAAGACAGAGGGAUGAAGAUGUAAUGAUUCUGCAGACCAGGAUUUUGGAGAGUUUCUCUGUCACUGCUGCCCAAAAGGAGCAGGUCCAAGUGGCAUGGGAGUAAUCAUCUGUGCUAUCCAAGGUGCACGGUGAACAGGUGUCUGUGUUGGUUAGGCGCAUUUUAAACAUUUUGUUUGAGUGAUGUGGUUUCUGUGAAUCUUGUAUAAGAUGUGAAUUUGUGUUGCUAGUCAUGGAGAAUGUGUUAUUGUCAGGUUUUGGUUUUAUUGAUCCUGUUUCGUGUUUCUGAUCGCCGACUCCUGCCUAAUCCUGAACGUUACUGUUGCCUGGAAAGAACCUUUAAAACUGACCUGAUUGUCUGACCUUGAGAUCGCCUGUUCCCUGCCGGUACUGUAGUCGUGUUGAUUCUGUUGCCGAACUUUGCCUGCGUCUGGACCUGACUCAGCCUGCUCCCUUGUGCUGUGAAUAUGAGAUUUCCCUGUGUAUGACCUGGACCGUUUUGUACUAGGAUUUUCAGGUUAAACCUCAGUUUUUACCACCUAUCUUGUGUCCUCACACUGUGCAUGUGGGUGCGAUCUCUGCCUAAGCCUGACAGAACAAUUUGGCCAGACUUGGACCCAGGCAGUGUCCAGCCUUCAUCCAGGUCAGUGACUGUUUUUGUUUUUCUUUUCCCUGUCUGUUCGGCUGCGUGCGCUAAUGUAGUAAUGUAGCUGUGUUACCCGAGUCUACCGGAGAAUAUCCGCGGGGACCUCGAAAGGCUGGCCAAAAAAUAUGGGGAAGCACCCAGUCUUACUGUCUGGGUCCGCAUAGUAAAACUAGGCAUCGCCAUAUUAGAGGGAUAAUUCUGGUGGUGUGAGUACCCCGGAGUACAGGCGUUCCUUGAUAGAAUCCGGUUAAUGCGGAAGACUUUGGCACGCGUCUCCGCAGCCGCUCCCGUCGUCACUCUGUCGGUUGAAGCUCCCGUAGCCGCCGCUCUGUCGGUUCAAGCUCCCGUUCCUGUCACCACUCCAGCGGUUCAAGCUCCCAUUCCUGUCGCCGUUUUGUCGGCUCAAGCCCAAGCUCCAGACGCCGCCGUCUCUGUUCGCCACUCUGACCCAGUCACGGAAACCCAGCCCGCGCCGCUCCCAGAGCUUCGAACUGACAGUCAGUCGUAGGCGCUCCGGAUGACGUCGGCGGGGGCACGGUUCCAAGGUCCAGGGUCCAGAGACCUCAGUUGCUGUGUCCGAGCGGCUCCCUUCCCCGGCAGAGGAUCUCUGUGGCCCGCUGGCUGACUGUCUCACUGCAAUAGCAGGCAUCCUGGACAGCGUCGUCCAGCGGAUCCGCCUCCAGUGUACUCCUCCAGUUGUAUUCCUUUUCGCCCACCUUAUGAACACCGCCGAUUCGACAGCUGACCAGAGCAAAAAAGGAAUACCUGUUCGAGGAAGCGGCCGCUCUCAUCCUGAGGGAACCUCAGGCCCUGAAGCUCUCGGAGCUGCAGGCAGCAGCCACUUCAGUCCCUGCGUCUCAGUCAGGGCAAAGAAGAAGCAAAGGCUCACAGCUGUGAUGCCUCGCUGCAGAGUAAAUCUUUGCGCCAUGAUCUCCCUGGUCGUCCUGCAGGGGGUGGCAGUGGUGCUGUUCUGUGGCUGGUACGUCCAGCUUUAUUCCUGCAACUCAACCUCCCCCAACGGCAAAGUCCACGUGCUGCUGCUGUCGUCGUGGCGAUCAGGCUCCUCCUUCCUGGGUCAGGUGUUCAGUCAGCACCCAUCAGUCUUCUACCUGAUGGAACCCGCUUGGCACGUGUGGACCAAGUUAGAGAAACACGGUGCUCGGGCGCUCCGCAUGGCUGUGAGGGAUUUAUUACACAGCGUUUUUCAGUGUGACUUCUCAGUGAUGGAAGCCUACCUGCCCAGGCAACACAACUCGUCUUCCUUGUUCAUGUGGAGUCACAGCAGAGCUCUGUGUUCACCACCAGCCUGUCCUCUCACACCACAGGGUCAGUUCAGCAACCAGACUCAUUGCCUUCAGGCCUGUGAUGGUACGAGCCUGCAAAGGGUGGAGGACACCUGUGGUGCCUACAGUCACGUUGUGCUAAAAGAAGUGCGUUUUUUUGAGCUGGAGUCUCUUUACCCACUAUUUCAAGAUCCAAACUUAGACCUGCGCAUAAUCCACUUGGUUCGAGACCCACGCGCUGUAAUGCGGUCUAGAGAGGAGUCAGCCAAAGCCUUCGAGAGAGACAACGGCAUCGUCUUGGAGCAGAGGAACGUAGCGGCCGCCGAGGUGCAGUAUCAGGUCAUGCAGGAGAUCUGUCAGAGCCACGUGCGGCUCAACGAGAGGGCCAUUCUGAAGCCCCCUGCAUUUUUAAAGGGCCGAUACAAAAUGGUACGCUAUGAGGACAUGGCCCAUGACCCACUUCGAGAAAUAUUGGCCAUGUAUGAGUUUGUGGGUCUGGAGAUGACAGAGCAGCUGGAGGAAUGGAUCUACAAGGUGACACAUGGUAAAGGCAAAGGCUCGAAGAAAGAAGCAUUUAAGAUCACGUCACGCAAUGCGGUGGACAUCUCGCAGGCCUGGAGAACCACACUGGCCCACAACAAGGUGCGACGUGUCCAGGAGGUGUGCAGAGGGGCCAUGUCGCUGCUCGGGUACAGGACAGUCAGCAGCGAAAAAGAACAGAAAAGACUCAACAUGGAUCUGCUGGUUCCACAAGAACCAUAUCAGUUCAGCUGGUUACCGUCUAAAACAGAGGAUCCAAGGAAAAGCUAAAGGUCCCGUAGUGUGCAACAACAUUCUUGCAAGCGAGUAUGUGCUCCAUUCACAUAGCCCCACCUCAGGCUUCCCAUCACUUAAACUAUAAUGACGGCUGGUUUGACUACAGAAAUGCAACACGAUGGCUCGGUUGAUCCCAGUUAUGUCCCCGGGGAGACAUCUCAUUUCCUUACUAAACCACACAUAAAAACAGACUGUAGGGUCAUAGGGGAAAUUUACAGACAACGUAUUGAGACAGCCAGGUUAAUAGAGGACUAAAGACUAGACAUAAAGUAUGAAGGUUUGUUCUACAUAGACACAAGCAGAUGCAUCUCUCAGUCACAAACUUUUUAACUACGGGAUAUCCAAGAGUAAAAUAUAAAGGGGCUUCAUUCUGUCAGUGGAGUCGGGUUCAUCUGUAAUAUACAAGAUAAGCUGUACAGCAAUAAGGGCUCAAAGUGUUUCUUAGUCAUUUCUAAAUCUGCUCACUUUAUUGAAGUAGGUGUGUGUCGUUGGAUGUUUACUUAUGAGCUAAUUGUAAACCUGCUUCUAUUUGUGUUUGUUUACAGGAGUUGCUCUUUUGUUUAUAAUCAUGAUACACGUGACUAUUGUUUAUUGUUUUGACUUGAGAGUGAGUGGAGAAUGAUUAACGGUCUAACAUUUAAUAGUGGCUAAAAAAAUCUUCUGCUGAGGAAGCAGAGGCAGUGACUUGCCCAUCACCCAGGCUGAGGUCACCGAGGUAGUUUGUAAGCUGAAGAGCUUACAAACUACCUCGGUGACCUAUGGCAGGGCAGCGGGGGUGGAUGAGGUCCGUCCUGAGUACCUCAAUUUUUUGGAUGUUGUGGGGCUGUCUUGGGUGACAGGCCUCUGCAACAUCACGUGGACGAGGGAGACAGUUCUUCUGGACUGGACAACUGGGGUGAUUGUCCCUCUUCACAAAAAGUGGGACAGGAGAGUGUGUUCCAACCAUUGGGGGAUCACACUUCUCUGCCUCCCUGGGAAAGUUAAACGAGUGGGUUAAAAUUUAUCUUAAAAUUAAUCUUGAUAUUAAAACGCAUACUGUGAUAAAAUGAAGCAAAUAUGUACUAUAGAAUUAGGGCCUAUUACAGGGCCGAAACAAACUUUAAAGAAAAUGAAGUAGGUAUAGGAACACAAUCAUUGUGUAAUAAAAAUGACCUCUCACAGAGCAAAUAGAAAAAAACACAUAUAAUAGGAUUGUUUUUUUCGAAACAACAGAAUGGAACAAUAAAAACCACCUUCAUUACAGCUCCUUCAACCUGUGCAUGUGGUUGUUGAGGUGCUGUUCAGUGUGAAAAAGUGACUUCUGGGUGCUUUGUGUCUUUGUGCUUGUAGCUCUGAAGGUCCCCAAUGGUUAUAUGGAUUUUAUUUUAAAGCUCAUCUCAGUUGCUCCUAACUUGCGAACCAUGGGCUUGUUCGUUUUUAUUGCCCACAGCAGAGUUUCUAGACAAACACUGAAAUCAUGUCACCAUGCCUUGGUGUUUUUCAGUGUUUUAUUUAAUUCACAACAAAUUCCUCUUUUAAUCAUAAAUAAUCAUAACCUUUCCUUUUACGAUUGCUAAUGCUAUUCAUUUUAAAGCGUCAUGUAUGUAAAGCAGCUGAGUCUGAAUUUGUUUCAUUGAAUCCUUGGAGACCAACCCUGGCUGAAAAGGAAACUAGUAUUGAUUUCAUUUGAGGAGUCAGAAGAACAAAUCGUUAUAAAUAUGGGUUUUCUGCCCAUUGAAGAGGUAUUGUAAAACGCAUCAGUGUGCACUGGCUAAAUCAGAGACAACCUGACAGGUUUUCCAUUCAACUUCACGUGUAAACAAACUGACCAAGCCCUAAGUGAACUAAAGUAAGUUAUGAAGUAAUGCAAUGUAAUGUUAUCUCUACAGAUUACUUAAAUUUUCUUGAAAAAAAGAGUUGCCUAGAGUUUACUGUUUUUUUCUGCUAUCCUACAAUGUCAGUGCUGUACUGAGUGAGUUUGACUGACUGACUACACUUUGGUCUCAUUUGUUCAUAUUUAUUAGAAGAUGAUUUAUGAAGCAGAAACUUACAACAAUGACUUGAAUAAAUAUUUACGCAUAA